AUGGAGCGCAACCCCACGGACGACAUGAAGUCGCCCUUGACCCCAAAGGGCGAUUCCUGCCCAAAUUCCCAGCCUAGUCAGCUGGUUGAUACCGAGGCCUCAAACGCCCAAACUGGUACGGCGACUGCUUUGCCAGAUCCGUCUUCGUGGCCACACGGCGAUUGCUGGAAAAGCUCUCGUCCUACUGAGCCAACAUCAUGGGCCCCCAACGCGAAGCUCUGCGACUGCCCACAGCACCCCGAAACUACAUGGCCGGCCGAGCAUGCCAUUCUUUUCAUUCCGGACUGUGCAAAGCGGUGCCCUUACUGCUCAUGGAAGACUGAAAAGACGGCGAAGAUUGGAAACCCGGCUCCAAUGCUGCGUCGACACAUACGCCAGUAUCACCUAAAAGAAGGUGAUAAGUAUCCCGGUAUCUCCGUUGAUCAGAUACGUCCGCCGAGGUCUAUGAAGAGGGAGUACACUAGCUACAAACUCACCCAAGGCGGCCCUCCUAAACUCGAGAAGAACACCAAGCAAGGGUAA